AUGCUUCUGCACGUGCAGGACACUGUGCAGCGUUCCAGCCGCUUUUGCUCUGACCCUCCCAAUGGUAGUGCUCCAGCCACAUCUGUAGUGCAGAUGGAGGGUAUGGAGUCGACAUGCAUAUGCGUCGGCAAUCCGGGGGUCGGGCAGUCGACUUUGGUCGGCGCCCUCAUCGGCAGCUCCGCCCGGAAGCUUCGUGACUCUGCGGAGGAGCCGCAUGAUACCUGCCGGGGUGAUUUGUUUCUGAUUGAUGUGGACGUGUACUUCGGUGGAGUAUGCAUUUCGAGCUUUCAGAUCAGCUGGCAGAAGAUCGUAACCAUGUGUCGGUACUUCAUGGAGUGCAAAGACUGGCGGCGAGCCUGCGCGUUCAGGGUGCGCCCGGAGCGGCACUUUAUUCCUCGUUGGCCGUAUGGGCGUGAGCUUGAAGUGGAGGAUGCGCCCGGCGUGCACCGGUUGCAGGACGAGCUCGACGAGAUCAACGGCUUCCUUUCUCGGUCGCAGAAGCAGGAGAAAAUGGCAGAGAUGCUGCAGCAUCUCGAAGCAGGCUGCGAUCCGGACUGUAUCUUGCUGUACCAUUACACUCCCACAGAGAGCGCGAAGAGCAUUUUGAAGCAAGGGUUUGUAACCUCCCAUUGCCAAACAAACGUGUCUGGCAUCUACUUGACUCGGUUGUCACCAGCCGAUGCAGACUGGGCGGCUGUACAAUGGGAGGAGGGCAUGCUGCUCAAGGUUUUCGGCAGAGGCUGCGGGCAGGUGGCUGCUUGGAGCGAUUUCGCCGUCGUCAUCGUGGAACUUCCAAAAAUGAUGCUUCUUCAGUGUGGAGAGAACACAUGGUUCUGUCCGCAACCCAAGGACAUCUGCUGUUAUGACCACCGUUUGCAGCGCCACAUCAAGGGGGUUGCGACCUUGACCCGUUGGGUCUCAUUGAGAUGGUGCCUAACCGGCGAGCGUUUCCACGCAAUAACGGAGCAUGUAGCAUGUGACAGGCCCGAUUUCGUCGAUUGGCUCCGAAAUCAUCUCCACGAGAAGUUCGGGCUAUCAUACUACACUACCAAGCUGAUGGUUGACUUCCCCGGCUCUGAGGGGCCGGGGAUGCAGAGAGCAUGCCUCACUUCCGGCACAUGGGCAGAGCUCCAAAGACCGUCGCAGAUUUACGUCUACCAGGCUGUUCCCCAUGACUUCCCCGAGUACAGGGACCUGCUCCACAGCUCUGAAACGAGCAAGCUCGAGUCGGCGCUAUUUGCAGGCCAGGACCCGAACUCGACGAAUGAGAGGGGCCAGACAGCAGCAUGGAGGGCCAGCCGGAACGGCGACUUGGAGAAGCUUCGUUGCCUGCACAAGGCCAAUGCAGACUUCGACAAAACCGAUAACAGGGGAGCUUCGCCCCUUUUUGCAGCUUCCGACAAGGGCAACGUGGUUGUGGUCCGAUUCUUGCUGGAUUGUGGUGCUCAUGUCAACCUGCAAGGUGGCCCUGGUGAUGGAACGAAUGCUGUUGUUGCCUUUGCAAGCCCGCUGUAUGCUGAUUGCCAGAAUUGCAACGAAGAGAUUGUGCAAAUCUUGUUGGAUGCCCGUGCCAACGUGAAUGAGAGGACAGCAGAUGGGGCAACAGCGCUGAUGGUGGCGGCCCAGAACGGGCACGAGAAAGUCUGCAGCCGAGUCCUGGCCGCCUGCGAGACGACCAUAAACCUGGAAGAUCCGACGGGUUUGACGGCCUUGUACUUUGCCGCCCAGAACGGUCAUGCAGAGAUCGUCGGCAUGCUGUUGAAAACCGGCGCCUCGACAGAAGUGCGCAGCCACGACGGAGCCACGCCGCUGUUCAAAGCGGCUCAGAACGGGCACCAGCAGGCUGUCGCAGUCUUGCUGCAACACCGCGCCGAUGUCUUUGCAGCGGCACGCGACGGCACCACGCCUUUGAUUUUGGCAGCUCACAACGGACACGUGGAUGUGGUGGAUGUUUUGGUGCCAGAGAUCAUAAACAGGGCUGGGGUGCAAGGGCUCGACAUCGGCAUGCAGAGCAGCGGUGCGACAGCGACGUUCGUGGCUGCACAGGCCGGCAAAGAUCGGGUCGUGAGGAGGCUGGCUUUUUUCGGAGCCGAUGUGCAGAAGAGCUUAGCGAGUGGGGCCUGUCCAAUUCACAUCGCAGCUCAGCUUGGGCACCUCACUGUGCUCAAAGAGCUGCUGGAUGCCAAGGCAGAUGUGGAAGCACGUGGGCCGGACGGCGUCACGGCGCUCUACCUUGCUUCCAAGAAUGAUCAUCUCGAAUCUGCCGAACAUCUCCUAGAGCAAGGGGCGGAUCCAGACGCAUGCCUGGACAGCGGGCAUCAGCAGCCUUAA